GAAGUGAUCUGUCUUACCGAAAAAUCGCAUAUGGUUAAGACUAAUGAUGACAAUUAUCCAGAGUGGAAGGAGGUUUAUUUGGAGAGAGAGAGAGAGAGUGUGUGAUUUGCAGUUAAGAAGGUAGAAAGUCACGUGCGAUGCGUGCUGCUUUCUGACAAGUAACCUUCUUCUUUUAGCCCCGUACUACCACCACUACCUUUUCCUCUCUCUCUCUCUCUCCUUCACUGCUUCAUUUCGUGAGUAACAAUGGCCUUCAACUUCACACUUCUUCUUCUUCUUCCUCAACCUCACCAUUUGCAUGCUCAACCAAAUUCUUCUCAUUAGUACAAACCACACUCUCACAUUCACUCUCUCUUCAACAAUGGCUUUUCCAUUCAACCUCGUACUCUCGUACCUUGUCGUGUUCUUCCCUCUCUGUUCCGCCAUUUCCGACCAAAACCAAAACCCAGAAAAAUCUUCCCUCCUUUCGUUCAAGGAGAGUCUUCACAACCCUCAUGCUCUCUCUUCAUGGCACCCCACAACCCCGCACUGCAACUGGGUUGGCGUAACUUGCCAACUCGGCCGAGUCACCUCGCUCUCUCUCCCCUCUCGUUCCCUCGGAGGCACUCUCUCUCCGGCCAUCUCCUCUCUCACCUCUCUGACCGUCCUCAACCUCGAGGAGAAUCAGUUUUCCGGCGAAAUUCCCGGGGAGCUCGGUGGGCUGGUUCAGCUGCAAACUCUCAAACUCGGUUCCAACUCGUUCGCCGGAAAAAUCCCGCCGGAGCUUGGGUUGUUACCGGAGCUUCGCACGCUUGACCUCUCCGGCAAUGCCCUCGCCGGGGAGAUUCCGGGGAGCAUCGGGAACUUGACCGGGCUGCAGUUUCUGGACCUGAGCAAUAAUGUUCUCUCAGGUUCUCUUCCGGUCACUCUCUUCACCGGAACUCCGGGUUUGAUUUCUGUUGAUGUAUCGAACAACUCAAUUUCCGGUGGAAUUCCGGCGGAGAUUGGGAACUGGAAGAAUCUCACUGCACUUUACGUGGGGAUUAACAAGCUUUCAGGUACAUUGCCUAAGGAAAUCGGCGAGCUUUCGAAGCUUGAAGUUUUCUAUUCACCUAACUGUUUGAUCGAAGGACCCUUGCCUGAGGAAAUGGCAAAGAUGAAAUCAUUGACCAAGCUUGACCUUUCUUACAACCCCUUGAGGUGUUCUAUCCCAAAUUUCAUUGGGGAGUUGCAGAGUUUGAGAAUUUUGGACCUUGUGUUUACUCAGCUUAAUGGGUCAGUGCCAGCUGAGCUUGGAAAUUGUAGAAACCUCAGGUCUGUGAUGCUAUCUUUCAAUUCACUCUCUGGUUCACUGCCUGAGGAGCUUUCUGAGCUUCCCAUAAUAACUUUCUCAGCUGAGAAGAAUCAGCUCCAUGGACCUUUGCCUUCUUGGCUUGGAAAAUGGACUCAUGUUGAAUCUCUUUUGCUUUCUACAAACCGAUUUUCUGGGGUGAUUCCACCUGAGCUGGGGAAUUGCACCAUGAUGCAGCAUCUCAGUUUGACCAGCAAUUUGUUGACAGGUCCCAUACCUGAGGAGCUUUGUAAUGCUGCCUCACUUUUGGACAUUGAUCUUGAAGACAACUUUCUUUCAGGUACAAUUGAGAAAGCAUUUGUCAAUUGUAAGAACCUCACUCAAUUAGUUUUGAUGAACAAUCAGAUUGUUGGUUCUAUACCACAGUACCUUUCUGAGCUUCCCUUGAUGGUGCUGGACCUAGACUCCAACAAUUUUAGUGGGAAAAUUCCUUCUAGUCUCUGGAAUUCAACAACACUGAUGGAAUUCUCUGCUGCCAAUAACCAGUUGGAAGGCUCUCUUCCUGUAGAGAUUGGGAAUGCAACAACUCUACAGAGGCUUGUUCUUAGCAAUAAUCAACUUACAGGUACUAUUCCUAAGGAGAUUGGAAGUCUCACAUCUCUUUCAGUUUUUAAUUUGAAUGGAAACAUGCUUGAAGGCAAUAUUCCAUCUGAGAUUGGUGACUGCGUUUCACUUACUACAUUGGACCUUGGAAACAAUCAACUGAAUGGGUCUAUUCCUGAAGAAUUGGGGGAACUACUCCAAUUACAGUGUCUGGUUCUUUCUCACAAUAAUCUGUCUGGGCCUAUUCCUGCCAAGAAAUCUUCAUAUUUUCGACAACUUACCAUCCCUGAUUUGAGCUUUGUUCAACACCUUGGUGUAUUUGAUCUUUCUCACAAUAGAUUGUCUGGCACCAUACCUGAUGAACUUGGGAGCUGUGCACUGGUUGUGGAUCUAUUACUCAGCAACAACAUGCUUUCUGGGAGCAUUCCAGGAUCACUCUCGCACUUGACAAAUCUAACAACUUUGGAUUUGUCUGGUAACUUGUUAACAGGUUCCAUUCCACCAGAGCUUGGAGAUGCCCUCAAACUCCAGGGUUUAUAUCUAGGACAGAAUCAACUCUCAGAUUCCAUCCCUGAAAGUUUUGAGAAGUUGACUGGUUUGGUGAAGCUGAAUUUGACAGGAAACAAGUUGUCUGGUCGAAUUCCAAAUAGAUUUGGGCACAUGAAGGAGUUGACUCACUUGGACUUAAGCUCCAAUGAGCUCACUGGUGAGCUUCCAUCAUCUCUGUCAGGUGUGCAAAGCCUUGUAGGGCUUUACGUGCAGAAGAACAGGCUUUCUGGGCAAGUAGGGGAGCUCUUCUCAAACUCCAUGACAUGGAGGAUUGAGACAAUGAAUUUAAGUGAUAAUUGCUUCACUGGGAACUUGCCAGGGUCUUUGGGAAAUCUUUCCUACCUGUCAAAUUUGGAUCUUCAUGGUAAUAUGUUGAGUGGAGAGAUUCCUCUAGACCUUGGGAAUCUAAUGCAACUGGAGUAUUUUGAUGUUUCAGGUAACCAGCUAUCUGGAAAGAUUCCGGACAAGCUGUGCAGCCUAAGUAAUCUGGAAUACUUAGAUUUGUCUCAAAACAGAUUGGAGGGGCCUAUACCCAGAAGUGGAAUUUGCCGGAACCUAUCCAGUGUUAGAUUUGUGGGGAAUAGAAAUCUUUGUGGCCAGAUGUUGGGUAUAAAUUGUCAGAUCAAAAGCAUUGGUAAAUCUGCAUUGUUUAAUGCUUGGAGGCUUGCUGUAAUUGGCAUUACAAUCAUAUUAAUAAUUAUAAGCAUUGCUUUUGUUCUACAUAGAUGGAUUUCCAGGAGGCAUGAUCCUGAGGCACUUGAGGAGCGGAAACUUAAUAGUUAUAUCGAUCAAAAUCUGUAUUUCUUGAGCAGUAGCAGAUCAAAGGAGCCUUUGAGUAUCAAUGUUGCCAUGUUUGAGCAGCCUCUUCUGAAAUUAACUCUGGCCGAUAUCCUCGAAGCUACUGACAACUUCAGCAAGACAAAUAUAAUUGGAGAUGGAGGUUUCGGAACUGUGUACAAGGCCACUUUAACUAGUGGAAAAACAGUUGCUGUGAAGAAGCUCAGCGAAGCUAAAACGCAGGGUCACCGCGAGUUCAUGGCUGAAAUGGAAACCUUGGGCAAGGUGAAGCAUCAAAAUCUUGUUUCCUUGCUUGGAUAUUGCUCAAUUGGUGAGGAGAAACUUCUUGUUUACGAAUACAUGGUAAAUGGGAGCUUAGAUCUUUGGUUGAGGAACAGGACCGGGGGUCUUGAAAUCCUUAACUGGAACAAACGUUACAAGAUUGCAACUGGUGCGGCUCGGGGAUUAGCUUUCCUUCAUCAUGGUUUCAUACCUCAUAUCAUUCACAGGGAUGUUAAAGCUAGCAACAUUUUACUCAAUGAAGAUUUUGAGCCAAAAGUUGCGGAUUUUGGACUCGCAAGGCUUAUCAGCGCCUGCGAGACUCAUAUCACCACUGAUAUUGCUGGAACAUUUGGUUACAUUCCACCAGAGUAUGGACAGAGUGGGAGGUCCACAACAAGAGGAGAUGUCUACAGUUUCGGCGUCAUUUUGCUUGAACUGGUGACCGGAAAAGAGCCAACAGGGCCGGAUUUUAAGGAGAUUGAAGGCGGGAACUUGGUCGGGUGGGUCAGUCAGAAGAUCAAGAAGGGGCAUGCAGCUGAUGUUCUUGAUCCAACAGUUCUUGAUGCAGAUUCAAAGCAGAUGAUGCUUCAAAUGCUGCAGAUUGCUUGUGUGUGCCUCUCUGAUAAUCCUGCAAACAGGCCUACCAUGCUUCAAGUGCACAAAUUCUUGAAGGGGAUGAAGGGAGAGUAGUUGAGUAGAUUAAGUUUAUUGUAGCUGUAAGGUAGUUAACAGUUAACUUCAAACUUUUCUGAUAGAAUCUGGAGUUGAAUAAUGUAAUCUAGAGGUUAUUAUUAAUAUAAUAUAUAUAAAAAGGUCUUACCUGCAAAA